CCAUGCUUGAAAGGUCACAGACUUGCGCUUAAGAGAGAGAGAAACUGGUCGAAGCAUUUGACUGGGGAGAGAAAAGAAUUUAGGCCUUGGAGCCGGAACCUGCGAGGGAUUCCUACUUUUAGAGAGAGAGAUUUAGAAAGAGAGAGGCUGAAGGCUGGGAAUGGGGUACAUUCAAGAAGCGAGAGAGAAUCAUGUAAAGAAGAAGGUUGAAGAAGCUUUACGAAGCAAAAUGAAGCAGAAGGCUCUUAAAGAAUGUGAUCGAUACAUGGUGAAGUAUGCUGAAUGCGCUUCAGGGAGAACUCUAUCUGUAGUUUGGCUCUGUCGACAACAAGCAAAAGAACUGAAUGAAUGCCUUCAUCAAUACACCAAUGACUCUGUUUUAGAAGAGAUGAAGAAAGAGUAUAUGCUUGGGCAGAAUUCUAAGGCGUGAGUUUCUGCUGCCCAUACAUGGCAUCCAUUAAGGUCCAUUUUGUAAGAAAUGAAGGUAUUAUUGGGUGGUGAAAUCUUGGCAUCAAUUUUGUUUACAGAAGUUUCUCAUUGUGAAACCCAACUUGAACAAACAGGUUAAGGAAAUAAUACAAUCAUCAUUUCUAGCUGCUGUUUCACUUGCUGCUUGAGUGUACCUAUUCGUUUGUUUCUUUUAUUUUGCAUUAAAGUCGCAUGAGUAUUUGGUUGAUCGCAUAAUUCUUGUAACAGUUUCUGAAGAUGUAAAAUAAUGCGACUGCCAUCUCCUCUAUUCUCAACUUAAUUUUGGUCAUUUAUGGAAAA